AUGAUGCGCAGAGGCGUAUUAGUCGCCGGCGCGUGCCUACGACCAGCCUCAAUUCACCACACACGCCCCUUCACAACAACACGUCACCUACUCUCAAACUCCAAAGUAGACGUGCUCAUAAUAGGCAGCGGUGCAGGAAGUCUUACAGCCGCCCUCCGCGCCAAACAUCACAACCUGCGCGUCGCCGUCAUCGAGAAACAGCCAACAAUAGGUGGCGCAUCCGCAAUCUCAGGCGGCGGCCUCUGGAUCCCGAACAACCCUGUAUCCAACGUGAAAGACUCCAAACAAGAUGCCUUGGACUACUUCGACCAAGCCGUCGGCGACGUUGGCCCUGCAUCCUCGCUGGCCCGCCGGCACGCAUACCUCGACAACGCCCCCGAGAUGGUUGCGUUCCUCCAGGAGAAGGGCUUCGAGUUCCGCCCCAGCGAUGGGUAUCCCGACUACUACCCCAAAAUGAAGGGCGCUAUGGGGAAAGAAGGUGGAAGAACGAUCGAGUCGAAGGCCUUCAACACGAAGAAACUUGACAAGAAAUGGCAGGAUGCGCUGCCGCCGCCAACUACACCGGUGGCAAUCUACACGAACCAAGCACCCGUGAUAAUGCGCAUGACGUCUUCCUUCGGGGCCUUUACACAAUCAGUUCGCGCCGUGCUCCCAUCUGUUCUCAAGAUACUCAUCGGCCAGAAGCCUACCAGCUUCGGCCGCGCGCUGGUUGCCCGGCUCCUGUACCUCAACACCCACAGCUCCUCCCCGACCGACAUCCGCCUCUCCACGUCCCUCACGUCCCUCACGACCGACUCAGACGGCACCGUCACCGGCGCGAAAGUGAAGACGCCCACGGGCGAGGAGACCAUCGCCGCGCGCAGCGUGAUCCUCGCAGCAGGCGGCUUCGCGCAGAACGCCUCCCUCCGCCAAAAACACCUCCCCUCCCCCGCCACCACGACCUGGACCAGCUCUCCUAAGGGCGACACGGGCGAUGCCGUGGUGGCCGGGAUCAAUCUUGGUGCCGCGACAGCUUUGAUGAACGACGCGUGGUGGGGUCCCACCAUCUUCGACCCCGUGACAGGGAAGCCUCACUUUGCGCUGAUAGAGCGCUCGCGCCCGCACUGCAUCAUCGUCGACUCGGCAGGGAAGAGGUUCAUGAACGAGGCCGAGUCGUAUACUGACGCCGGGCACGACCAGUACAAGCGGAACGAGAAGGUCAAGGCGAUUCCCGCGUGGUUGAUCAUGGAUAGCAACCAUCGCAAUCGGUACAUGCUCGGGACGGGCUUGUUUGCGAGGCAGAAGCCGCCGAAGAAGGCACUCGAGGAGGGAAAGAUGUUCAUGGCAGGUUCGUUGGAGGAGCUAGGCUCAAAGAUUGGAGUUGACGUGAAGGGUUUGAAGGAGACGGUUGAGAAGUACAACGUAAUGGGUUGA